CAGAUGUGGCCAUGGUCGCUUAGGAACAGGCAGUGGAUGCAAAGGUCCUGGGGGAUGACGCCUGUUAGAGGUUGACUGUGAACACUCCUGACAAGCAGAGACAUUUAGUCACAUCAGCUCAGAGGGUUGACCACCAAAAACGUUGCUGCACUAUGAUGAGGGUACAUCUGGAUGACAAAACGAUCGACAGGUGUGACACCAUUGAGUAACCUCAGGAAAUGUGGGUUGAAAUUUGGUUUUGUGGUGUCAGUUUGAAGGAGUGGGUUGAUGGGCUGUGGGCUGAAGAACAGCCAGGCGGGCCAAGUCCGGGUGGUGUCUCCUGGUUCUCAUGUUGACGGGGUAGGGCCUGGGCCUUGAGGUUCCUGGAACCAGGGCCAUUUGAGCGGGUGAAAUUAAAUCUAGCGAAGACUACUGACCAGCUGGCUUGCCGUGGAUUCGGAGGUAUUGUCGAUUCUUGUGGUGCUUCAGUGCUGCAACUCCUUACGAAGGGAGACCCACAGGUGGAGUAAAUCAGCUGAUUGAACUCCUGAGAUGAGCGGCCAAAGGGUGGAGCGGCCCAGGAUCGUGACAGAAACCAGCUUUUGGGACUGAAAAGGUUGCCGUUUUCCUGCUCAGCGGUGAAACGACUCAAAUGUCCAAAGAGUGUCCCUUAUAUGUACCGUCAUCCUGACAAAGACUUGAGACUAAAAGGCGGGAAUCUGCAGCACUGCUGUUGAGAGAAAAGUUACGAUUGAGCCAUUUUUGGAAAGAAGAAAGUCUGUAGAUUGUCUUUAUUAUUGAAUUCUGAGAAAAGCAAAGGCAUUCCCUGAAAGAACUGAAGCAGUUUCCCUUCAAAAUCCUCUUCAGCUGUAGAGUCUGGAUUCUUCCUGUGAGGCACUGAUCCCCCUGAAGACCCUAAACCCCGGGACGGUUUUCCUUCACUUCCAUCUAAAAUCAUUUGUGGCUCUGGUUGAAUAGUAGUUUUAACUGAUUAAAUGUUGCCUGUGAGCCUCAGAAUUCCCGCCAAAUAGAUCUAAUGCCGGGAGAGGGUGAGGCGUGUGCGCCUUGUCCCGCGUGGGCCACCGUACCAAAACACGGAAGUGAUGACAGGAUCCCACCGACCGCGGCUCGUUACGAUGAAGAAGAACCUUUUGGUUGUGUUCUGCUCCAGUCUGAGGUUCCGCUACUCUUUGUGAGCCUGUUCGGAAGCUCGUCAGCGGCGGGGAAAUGGUUCCGAACAUGUUUCGAACCGGGUUCGCGGUCCGAGCGGCGCACACCUUGUUGACGUGGGUCAUAACGGUCACGCUGUUCCUGCACAACACCGAUCUGCGUCGGUGUGAGGAGCGAGGGGAGCUGCUGCCGCCGGCGCUGUUCUUCCUGCUGGUCGUGGUCUCCGUGAUCCUGUACUUCACCGUCUCCUUGAUGGAUCCUGGAUUUGUUCCCGGCGACUCUGAGAAGGGCUCUGAGGCCUCGGAUGAAGAAUCGGAGGCGAUGAUUCCUCGGCCGUUGGCCCCUCAGCUGCGGCGCUGCGGUUUCUGUCGGCUGCAGCCAAUGAGAGCCAAGCACUGCAGGACGUGCAGGCGCUGCGUGCGGCGCUUCGACCACCACUGCCCGUGGCUGGAGAACUGCGUGGGGGAGAGGAACCACCGCUGGUUCGUGGUGUACCUGCUGGUGCAGCUGCUGGCGCUGCUGUGGGCUCUGCGCACGGCUCUGUCGGGCCUUUCUCCCGGUCCAACGUGGCAGCAGUGGCUCUGGGUGAACGGGUUCCUGCUGGCCGCGCUCGCCGUGGUGGGGGUCUUCUCUGUGGUGGUGGGGCUGCUGCUGGGCUGCCACCUCUACCUGGUCUCCAUCAACUCCACCACCUGGGAGUUCAUGUCCCGCCACAGGAUCCUGUACCUGAAGGACUGCAGGGAGGAGGACAACCCGUUCGACCGCGGCUCUGUCUGCAACCUGUGGGACUUCUUCUGCAGCUGCAGGACGGUGAUGUGGGAGCAGGUCUACCAGAGAAGCACCGCAGAUCCCGUCUGAGCUCGAGUGGCAGCUGGAGACGCAGUGACGGAGCCUCUGACCACAGAGGAAGAACGUCCUAGACUACAGCCGGGACUGUUUAAUAAAGGCCUGUAUUUACAUGGAGGAGAGACGUGCGUCUGCACAGCGUCACGCUGAACCCAACGACGCCCAAUACUCAUCGGUUUGAGCGGGCGGCGUGACGUCUGCAGGAGGACGUUUGCCAAAAGUCUCUGAUGGGGAAUUGGGAAGAAAGGAUCAGAUGUUGUGGUUUGGUGGAGACCCCCAUGUGGGGGGGAGGAGGGUCCUGAGGAGCUGCAGGUCUACUGAUGAAAAUAACACCGCUUUUGCUGCAGGCCAUUGUUUAUUGACAGCAGAAUGAGGUACAGACCGACGCUCACAGAAACACACAGCUAGCAUGUUCAGCAGCACAAAGCGGGUCAGCAGGUGGCGCUGUCACACCCACGGCGUUGGGUAAAGCAGGCGGAGCUCAGAGACGCGCUGAAGAGGAUGUGCAGAAUAAAGAACCGUCUUACGAAGCAUCAAUCUGCAAACCCCUUCAGCUGGCCUCAGACAUCCAUCUGGCUGAGUAUAGGAAUAGAAAUCAAUGAAGUCAAUGAAGUCAAUUCAUAGAUUAAUCUAUUAUCAAUUAUCAAUUAACGCUAAUUAAUCAAUUAGCGUUUUGCUGGAAGAACUGAAAAUGUUCUCCAGCUGAUCUGAACAGUCGUGACCAAAGGUUUAGAGAAGGACACAAAUCUUAGUUUCCACAAAGUUUGCCGCUAAACUGCUUUCAGAUCUUUGUUUCCGUUGAUUCUGUGAUGAACUGAAAUAGAAUUCCAAGCCCUUCAUGCGUGUCAACGGCUUCUAUCAGCUAUUCCAUGACAUUUAUGCAGAGACUCAGUGUUUGCAGUCCGACUGACAUGCUGUCAAUCAACUUCUGGGCCAAAUCAUGACUGACAGCAGAAGUUUGUCAGAGUUGGUGGGUUUUUGUUUGUCCAGCCAAGUUCUCAAUGGGAUUCAGAUCUGGGGAGUUUUCAGGCCAUGGACCCAAAAUGUCAAUGUUUUGGUCCCUGAGCCCCUUAGUCCUGACUUUAGCCUCAGGGUCCGGUGCUCCACGGUUCUGGAAGAUGCAUUGUUGGUCACCAAACUGUUGGAUUGUUGGAAGGAGUUGCUGUUGGAGGGUGUUUGGUACCAUUCUGGAUUCAUGGCUGUUCGGUCAACAUUCUCUCCUGAGUUAACGACUGACAUGAUCCCUGAGGUCCUUUAAGGAUAGCAGGUUUUUUUCUGGGAUUAAGCUCAUUUUCAUGGCAAAGAAGGACUUUGCAGUUCAUCUGAUCACUCUUCAGAACAUUCUGGAGUUUAUGCUGAUUGCUAUUAUAAAAACUUGAGCAGCAACAUUGAUGUCGUUCUCAGCACUUUUGGUCAUGACUGUAGACCUGCUGUUCCUGCGACAGAAGAGCUUCUAGUGACAGCUAAGUCCUGGUCUGACGGGGCUCAAAACCUUCAGGAGAGCCUUGGUGAGAAUCCCUGGACACAGAACUGCACCGAUGUUCUGAUGAAGACGUGUAGCGGUCUGCAGGUAGAUGAAGAACGGCACCUAAGGCUCAGAUUCAGGGUUCAGCGAAGAGACGGCGACAGCAGAGCUCAGGAUUGUUCAGCCAAAGAACUCAGGAUGUGAUCCCAGUGGAGAACCACAGCCAGAACUAUUCCUCAGCUGGAGACUGAGCCCAACAGAACCUGCUGUGGUUCUGAGGAGCUUUCAGAGCAUCUUUGUUCAGGUGUCGCUCUGCAUCAAACUACAGACCAUGGCUGAUUUUUCUGAGAGAACAGCUGAGCGGGAACCACGAGUCCAACGACCCGAAGCUGUUCGGCCCAAAGCCAGCUCUGAAAACCGAGGAAAAACGCAGGAGUUCCUCUGAGGAUCCUUUGGGGCAGCGGUCCCCAACCGGUUUGACGUCUGGCAAAUUCUCACGGACCGCAUGUUAUAUGCAUGUUAAAUGCAUGUUAUAUGUAUGUUAUGUGUAUGUUAUAUGCAUGUUAUAUGUAUGUUAUAUGCAUGUUAUAUGUGGCGGACACACGCUGCAGCAACGCUGCAAUAAAGGCAGAGACACGUGAUUUUA